AUGCUAGGCAAUUUGAUCGUCUGGCAAAGUUUGCACAAGAGAUCGUACCAACCGAGGCCCUUCGGGUUAAAAGAAAAAGCUUUUGAAGUUGAGUUGCUUGAAAAUGAUAUAAAGAAGGAGAAUGCUGCUAAGUGGGAAGCCCGAAGAAACAAUGGAGAAAAUCAAGAGAAUAAGAGAAAACACGAGGGAAAUCACAGUAAUGAUCGUGAUAAAAAGGGGAAAACAGUGGUCCAAAAUAACAACAAUGGGGUAAAAAGGUCCUAUGUCGAAUUCCCAAUUUGCCGCACAUGCAAUAGGAAACAUCUUGGGGAGUGUAAGAUGAAGUCAGGGGUGUGCUACAAUUGUGGGCAGCCACGCCAUUUGAAGAAAAAUUGCCCAAAGGGACAAAAGAAGGAGAACCAAGUCGCUCAAGCUCGAGUGUUUGCUCUCACCAGAGGAGAAGCGGCCACAAGCAACACUGUUGUCUCAGGUCAGGUUUCUAUUUACGGAUUGCCUUGUAAUGUUCUCUUUGAUUUUGGAGCUACUCAUUCUUAUAUAGCUACUAGGAUAAUUGAUAGUAUAGAUAAGCCAUGUGACCUACUUAGAUGUGGUAUUGUGACGGAAUUACCCUCGGGAGAAACCAUGCUAUCAACAAGAAGAAUGCGAGAGGUACCUAUCAUAAUCAAAAGCAAAGAACUCAUGGGCAACCUAAUAGAGCUGGAAAUUAAGGAAUAUGAUGUUAUACUUAGGAUGGAUUGGCUAUCUAGUCACGGCGCGAUAAUCAAUUGCCGAAAGAAACUGGUCGUUUUUGAAACAAAGGCUGGGGAUCGGUUUAUUUUCAAGGGCGACAAGCUGGCCCUUAGGACUCCAUUAAUCUCUUCCCUAAAAGCUAGUCAGCUAAUGAAGGCGGGGUGUCUGGCAUUCUUGGUCAGCGUAGUGGAUCGAGCAAUAGAGACACAACUAAAUGUGGAGAAUGUGCACAUAGUCUGUGAAUUUCCAGAGGUCUUUCCAGAAGAUCUUUCCAGAAGAUCUACCGGGACUACCUCCAGAUAG